CCCACGCCAAGCACAAAGCCUCGCGCUCAUUUUCAUUUCAUUCUUCAUCAAUCUCAUGAUAUCUUCCAUCACCAUGUUCUUCCACUGAACAUCAAAGAUUAGGGUUUGGAUCCCCUCGUUCCCCCACUUUGUGUUAUAUCUUCAAUGAUGCGGUUUCGUUGCUACAUCGAGUCCAUUUACAAGCACUGUCACUGCACUUUCUUCAACUCUCCUUGUCGUUGUAUCUGUUGCUGUUACUGUUGUGCUUAGGAGAUAUUGUGGUUGUCGUCGCAUUUACUUGUACAUAUAAGUUUUGUUUCAUCAAUCAGAGAAGAAUUUCACUAUUUGUGCAUAUAAUUUUUGUCGUCGGAUCGGUUUUGUUUUGGUUUUUGAUGGACAUAUCCCGUCCUCAGUCAAAUUUGUCCCUUGGCUUUUCUUCUCAUGCUUCGCCAUCUCAACGGACCCAGAUAGCUGACGACUCCAUCCCUCUUCAGCUCGACUCAAGCUUCCGCGAUCCCACGCAGCCAGUACCUCCGGUUCCACUUCAGUUGUUGGAGCCGCUGGCGGAUAAUCACAAAGCGGAGAAUGGGACCUCGGCGGUAGAUUCGGAUGAAGACGAAGAUAGGGAGGUAAAAGAGUUUCGUAUCCUUGGGCAUUCGAUGUGCUUGAAGAGGCGAAGAGAUAGCGAAUCAUCAUCGUCGUCUUCCAGUUCUUCCAAGUGGGGUUCGUUGGACCCCAAUGUUGAGGCGCGGAGAGAGGCUGUUCGAUCAUGGGGUAAUCAAACUCUACGAGCUGCGGACCCUGAUAUUUAUGAGAUAAUGGAGAAGGAGAAGGAAAGGCAGUAUAAAGGGAUUGAAUUGAUAGCUUCGGAGAAUUUUGUGUGUCGAGCUGUGAUGGAAGCACUGGGGAGCCAUUUGACGAAUAAAUAUUCAGAGGGAAUGGCGGGUGCACGAUAUUAUGGAGGGAAUCAAUAUAUUGAUGAGAUUGAAAUGCUCUGUUGUGAACGCGCAUUGGCAGCAUUCAAUCUGGACCCUAAAAGUUGGGGCGUAAAUGUGCAACCUUAUUCAUGCACCUCUGCGAACUUUGCUGUAUACACGGGAUUGUUGUUGCCUGGUGAUCGUAUCAUGGGGUUGGAUACACCUUCUGGCGGGAACACUAGUCAUGGGUACUGUACUCCGAACGGGAAGAAAGUUUCUGGGGCGUCAAUAUUCUUUGAGAGUUUUCCAUAUAAGGUGAAUCCUCAAACGGGUUAUAUAGAUUUUGAUAAACUAGAGGAAAAGGCGCUUGAUUUUCGUCCUAAGAUACUUAUUUGUGGUGGGAGCUCAUAUCCUCGAGAGUGGGAUUAUGCCAGGUUUAGGAAUAUUGCAGAUAAAUGUGGAGCCGUGUUAAUGUGCGAUAUGGCCCAGAUCAGUGGACUUGUUGCAGCUAAGGAAUGCGUGAAUCCUUUUGACUAUUGUGAUAUUGUUACUUCAACAACUCACAAAAGUCUUCGUGGUCCUAGGGGAGGUAUAAUUUUUUAUAGGAAGGGUGCAAAACCAAGGAAGAGAGGGAUACUUCUAAGUCAGGGAUAUGAGAGUGAACAAUAUGACCUUGAAGAAAAGAUAAACUUUGCUGUUUUCCCAUCCUUGCAAGGGGGGCCAUACAAUAACCAUAUUGCUGCUCUUGCCAUAGCUUUAAAACAAGUGGCUUCUCCUGAGUACAAGGCCUACAUGCAGCAGGUGAAGAAGAAUGCCCAAGCUUUAGCAUCUGCUUUAUUAAGAAGAAAAUGCCGCCUAGUAACAGGGGGUACAGACAAUCAUCUAGUACUUUGGGAUCUAAGGCCUUUAGGAUUGACAGGUAAAUUUUAUGAGAAGAUAUGCGAGAUGUGUCAUAUUACUUUGAAUAAAAUUGCUAUCUUUGGUGAUAACGGAACUAUAACUCCUGGAGGUGUAAGGAUAGGUACACCUGCCAUGACUUCAAGGGGGUGUCUGGAGACUGACUUUGAAACAAUUACUGAAUUUCUUUAUAGAGCAGCACUAAUUGCAAAUUUAGCGCAAAGAGAUUAUGGGAAAUUGCAGAAGGUUGUUUUGAAAGGUCUUGAGAGCAACAAGGACAUUGUUGAGCUCCGAGCACGGGUUGAGGCCUUUGCAGCUCAAUUUGCAAUGCCAGGUUUUGACAUUUGAACAUGGGAACAUAGGGGCUUUUUGUGCAUAUGGUGGAGAGCUCAUUGGCAUCUUAGGCUGUUCUCAGGUCUAUGCAGGUUAUGAUGCAUAACAAUGUGGGACAGACAGUACGCUGAACUGUGUACUACUGUUGAGGAUUCUUCCAAUAAUCAAGCGUCUUGUCACCUUGGAGGAACCUUGUCUGCUGAUAGCACUUGCAGCAUAUUGACUAUUUCAAAUGUUGGGAAAGGGGCUUUUGACCAACCGCUCCUAGUCCAGAAUAAGUUGGUACUGCAAGGUUAGAUGCCUUGAAUUUUCUCCCUGGUGUUUGAUGCCGAAAUCUACGUUAUCUAUCCUGUCAUACCUUCUCAACCUUGUCAUCUUAAUGGAUAAUUUUAUUGUCAAUUUUAUCAGCUUACCAUUUUUUACGUUGUUUAAGUUGUCAAAUACACAGAGAAAUGUGGAAAUACGUGAUAGUUUUGACUUCUCUUUUUCAUAGGUCAGUUGACCUCUUUUUGUUUUGCACAAUUUACAUAAGUCAAUUAAUCUUCUUAUGAAUAAAGCUCUAAUUGUUUUAUGCUA